AUGAUUCCUUUCCAAGGGUGCGGACAAGGCAACGGGGCUGGUCCCCCCAUCUGGGUCUUGGUCAGCUCUAUUAUUAUUCAGAUGAUGGUGGCAAUGGGUUUUGGCUUUGAGUGUCUCACGGCGAUCGACUCCCACUUGGUCAUAGCCCAGUGCUUCUGUUUUGUGGACGACACAGACGUUAUUGAGGCGGGGGCAUCGGUCGAUCACUCCGGCGAGGACAUCUGCCAAUCGGUCCAGGCGGCUGCGUCCAUGUGGGCUGGAGGAAUUAGUGCUACGGGUGGAGCGAUCAAUCCGGAGAAGUCCUUUUGGUGGUUGAUCGACUUUGCUUGGGAUGGCAGGAAGGGACAAUGGACAUUCAGGAGGAAGAAUCAGUUGUUGCGGCUUCAGAUUCCGGGCUUGUCUGUUAUGAAGUCACUAGAAUAUCUAAUGACACUAUUGACACUGGAGGCCGCAACAUGGGUGGAUAUUAUGAGCCCGGUUCUACAGGUCUGCCUGCCAAAAGCCGGCAUCUGCAGAAGUUUUCCGCGUGAUAUGGUGUUGGCUCCAUUGAAGUUCCAAGGCCUGGGCAUCCCACAUCCGUUUGGCUCACAGGUUUCCAAGCAUAUCGAAACUCUCCUCCGUCAUUCGACCAACAGGACAAAAACCGGAGCCUACCUGGAAGCCGCUUUGCAAGAACACCAGCUCGAAACGGGCACUUCGUUUGGUAUCUUUCAGCAGGAUUAUUGCAACACUGCCGUCUUGGCUUCCGAUACAUGGAUAAAGCGAGUCUGGAAAGAACUGGAGAACAUGGACAUCUAUGUGGCCUUUGAUUCUCCGGCCUUACCACUACAAUGCGUCGGUGAUGCUCUGCUUGUGGAAGUGUUUAUGGAUUUGGAGGUGAACCAAGACGAUCUGAAAUGGCUCAAUUGGUGUCGUAUGUUCCUUCAAGCGUGCACCGUUUCCGACAUUGUCACGGCUGAUGGACGAUGCAUCCGCCAGUCGGCUUGGCGCGGAGAGCGUGAUGGAAUUCACCGGUCCCCAUAUCAAUGGCCCCGGACAGUUUGA